CAAACACUUAUUCUUUUCUUUCUGAUAUUUUCCUUGUCAUCACUUGCUCCUGUCAAACACCAGAGAGCCAGACGAGCACAUACGUGUGUUUGUAAAGAGCAUCAUCAUGUGUUGGGGAGGAGUUGAGCUGAGGUGGGGUUAUGUGAGGGGACCAUUUAACUCACUUUUCCACUGUGCCAGCUUCCAUUCUCGCCACACGCAGCUGUGGAAGUGAGAUAAAGCCGAGCUGCCACUCUGGGAAGCUCGUGCCACCAGAAACUCUCUGAAGCCAAAAGUGAUUUUCUUUUGCUUUGACUGAGAUUAUUUUUAAUUUGACUCUCAAACGUUUUGCUGACGACAGUGGACUACAACUCUCAAGAUAAACGCCCCUCGGAGGAGACUAUGAACGUGCUGUCGAACCCAGUGAUCAGGGCCCAGGAACAGUCUCUACCUCUCUGUGGCCCCGGGUCUGUCCAGGACUUACCACACUGCCCUCCAGGCUUCAACCUGGGCUCCCGCCUCCACCCUGCACCAAUGCUUGGCCUCCAGAGCAGCCAAAGAUCGAUCAAACCCCAGAGGGAGCUGAGCCCCGAGGAGCAGCAGGAGCUCAGGAGGAAGAUCAACAGCAGGGAGAGGAAGCGGAUGCAGGACUUGAACAUUGCCAUGGAUGCCCUGAGGGAGGUCAUGGUGCCUUACGCCUCCUCGCCUUCCUCUGCCUCCUCCUCUCAGUCGCACCAGCCUGGCGCUCCUCCAGGCCGCAGGCUCUCCAAGAUCUCCACUCUGGUCCUGGCCAGGAACUACAUCCUCCUCCUGGGUUCGUCCCUGCAGGAGAUGCGGCGGCUGCUGGGAGAGGUGAGCAUCGGGAUGGGAGUGAACACGGGACCGGUCCCCCGGCUGCUGCUCGCUGGAGGGUGGCCCCUCAUCUCCGGCCCCAGUCAGCUCCUACUUACCCAAGAAUCCAUCCUCACCUCAGCAGCUGCCUCUUCCUCUUCCCCAUCCUCUUCCUCCUCCGCUCCAUCAUCCGCUGCUGCUAAAUGUCCCCUGCUGUCUCCGGGCCCCAUGGAACCUUCACUGGCCCCAGUGCAGUGGAGCUCCACAGGAGCCUCAGGGGGGCCCCUGUGCCCCUGUGGAGUCUGCAGACUGCCCAGGUUCAGCCACGCAGCUGCGGUGCCCAGAUUCCCAAAGUGACACCCUGAAGUUGAAGAGGAACUGAAGAAUGGACUCGAUGACUGUUACAUGUAUGCAACUUUUUUUAUAUGAAAUUAUUUUUCUAACAUGUUGAUAAUAUUUGACUAUAUACUCACAAAUAUCCUUUUGGAAAUUAUGCAACUAUUCUGUAUUUGGCACGACGAUGCUCUUUGUUUCCAUGUUGCACUUUUCUUAUGU